GGCAACAAGCGUAUCUGGCUGGCUGCGCGUCAGGACUAACUUUCACUUUCUGCACAUCAGUUUCCUAAAAGCAGGGGAGCUGCAUGGAGCGCCCGCUCCGCGAGUGAACUGCCCUCAACUCUCCAGCAACACAAAAGAGGCUGCUGCUCACAGAGGACAAUAUCAGCACAAAGAUGACAAGGCGCACGCUUGUAACUUGUUGGCACCGGUGGGUUUUUAUUUUCUCACUCCAGCAGUUUUUAUUUGCCCCAUGGGCUCAUUCUGAGGGGAACACUGUGAGAUAUCAGACCAAAGAGGAGGACGCACCUGGCACGGUCAUAGGAAACCUGGCCAAGGACAUGUCCUUGACUCCGUCUCAUUCCUCCAAGAUCAAUUUCAGGAUGAUGAAACAAUUCAACGAUUCGUUUGUCAGAGUGAGAGAAAGCGACGGGGAACUCACUGUCGGGGAACGAAUUGACAGAGAGAGAAUCUGCAGACACACUCCACAGUGUCUGAUUACUUUUGACGUGGUUAAUUUCUCCAAAGAUCGCUACAAAUUGAUUCACGUUGAGGUGGAAAUUAAGGACGUCAAUGACAACUCUCCGGAGUUUCCAAGCAAGGAAUCUAUAGUGGAAAUCUCCGAGAAUGCAGCAGUUGGAUCGCGCAUCCCCUUAGACCCCGCCGUGGAUGCUGAUGUCGGCUCCAAUUACAUACAAAGCUAUCAAAUUUCUGUUAACGGUCAUUUCACCAUUGAUGUGCUCCUGAGAGCGGAUGGGGUUAAAUAUGCGGAAUUGGUUUUAAUGAAAGAGCUAGACAGGGAGAUUCAGUCAUCAUAUAAUGUGGAACUGGUUGCCACGGAUGGGGGAAAUCCACACAGAUCCGGGUCAACAAAGAUAACUGUCAAAGUGACUGACUUCAAUGACAAUAGUCCCGUUUUUGACCAGAAUAGUUUCUCUGUCAGUUUGCCAGAGGACGCACCGGUUGGCACUAUCAUCCUGGACUUGCACGCAGUUGACACGGACGAGGGUUUAAACGGAGAGGUCGUGUACGGCUUCGGAAAACAGGUCUCUCACGAGAUCCGAGAACUUUUCCGAGUGGAUGGUAAAUCCGGUCGUCUGACCCUCAGGAGUCCCCUGGAUUUUGAGGACAAACGCACCUACGAGCUGGACGUGCAGGCGACCGAUCUGGGACCCAAUCCCACCCCCUCCGUGUGCAAAAUCAUAAUUCACGUCACGGACGUUAAUGACAAUCCCCCAGAAAUCAGCAUCACCCCGAUGACCUCCAUCACGACGGGUAUCGCGUACAUCAGCGAGGCUGCAGACAGGGACAGUCUGGUGGCGCUGAUCAGCACCUUGGACAGAGACUCCGGCGUCAACAGCCAGGUCCACUGCACCCUGUACGGACACGACCACUUCAAACUCAGACAGGCCCACGAAGACAGCUACAUGAUCGUCACGGCGGCGGUUCUAGACAGGGAGAGGAUUAGUGAGUAUAACCUGACGGUCAUGGCAGAGGAUUUUGGGUCACCUCCGAUGAGGAAAAUCACCCAGUACACCAUCAGACUGAGCGACGAGAACGACAACGCCCCCCACUUUGCCAAAGCCGUGUAUGAAGUUUCGGUGGUGGAAAACAACGCCCCGGGGGCUUACAUCACCACAGUGGAGGCCAGCGACGUGGAUCUGGGCAACAAUGGGAAAAUCACUUACAGACUGGUGGACAGUGUCAUAAUGGGAUCCCCAGUUAACACAUUUGUGUCUAUUAAUUCAGUGUCUGGCUCCAUUUAUGCCCUGAGAAGUUUUAACUAUGAAGUGAUGAAACAGCUAGACAUACACAUCCAGGCCAGCGAUGGGGGGUCACCACAGCUGCAGAGCACGGCUAUCGUCAGAUUAAAAAUAGUUGAUCAGAAUGACAACCAGCCUUCUAUAAUUGCGCCUCCCCUUUAUAAGGGUUCUGCAGAGGUUUUCCUUCCCAAAGAUGCACCUGCAGGUUAUGUGGUAACCCAGAUAAAGGCCACAGAUGCUGAUGAUGGAAUAAAUGCACAGCUGUCCUACAAAAUCACCGAAGGGGGACACCUGGGUUUCUCUAUCAACAAAGACACGGGGAAGAUGCAUGUGAGUCGACAGCUCACAUAUGAUCUUUCAGACAAUGUCAAAGUCACUGUGUCGGUCAGUGAUAAUGGAUCCCCCUCGCUCACCGCCACAGCUGAGAUACUUUUCAGUUUUAUAGAAGGUACUUUACCUAGUUUGCCUUCCUUGCCACAAAAUGGCAGUGAGGAGCUCUUUGAAUGGGACACAUCCAUGGCUAUAAUCAUCAUCCUGGCAGGGAGCUGCUCUCUUCUCCUCUUAGCUAUCAUUCUUAUCACAACCAUUUGCAGCCGCCGGAAAAAAGAGACAAGGGAAGGGGGGUUUGACGGUAAAGAAGACAUACCAGAUGUGGAGAAAGUGGAAAGCGGUCAUAUUGAUUCAUUGAUUGCCAGCCACAAAGGCAAAGCGUUUGAUAGCCGUCCAUUUCCAGAGGAUCCUCCACUGGCCAGCAGCAACACAGCAGAGCCAGACUGUGAGGAUGGCAGACAGACAGCAGGCAUGUUUGAGUCCAACAGCAGGACAAUGGAGGGGAAAUUAAAGGGUUAUUCUACACUACCGGGAUACGGGAAGGAAACCGUCAGACCUAUAACAAUAUGGAAGGGCAAUUCAUUCACCACAAUCUCAGCAAGAGAGCCCCACUUCAGUGGCAAGGACAGUGGGAAAGGGGACAGCGACUUCAAUGACAGCGAUUCUGACAUCAGUGGAGAUGUACACAAAAAAGAGUCUCCACCAGUGAACAGUCUCUGGGCAUGUACAAGUGAGUGCAAAGUGUUGGGACACUCCGACCGGUGCUGGAGCCCUUCAGCCACAAGGCCCAACACCAGUCUGGCCUCUGGACCGCAUUUGUCAACGUUUUCCAAAACAGCAACGCUUCCCCGGGAUGCUAGAAGGGAAAACUACUACCCGGCUCUCCCCAAAACAAGCGGUCUGCAAAGCGUGUAUGAAAAAGUUCAAACCCAGGAAUUUGAUUACAUACUUGUUGGUCCACCAACACCAGCCAGAAUACAGGAGACAGAUGAAAUAUCCAUCCCAGAGUACACAAACUCUUAAAACAACAUAAAAAACCACCAAACAUGUAAUUUAAAGACAUUUUGACUUUGUACUGUACAGUACUUUGAUCCCAAUUGACUCUAUGUUGGAUUAUUGCAGUGUUUUGUAGUGUGUCAUGUGUCUUUUGGCUCAUGUAAGACUGUUCAUUGUAUCAUGUGUAAUAUGCAAAAUUUUCUACAUUAAUAAUAUAUUUUUCAUAACAACUCAAUGUAAAGAAUAAUUUUAUUAUGAAUUUUUAACUGCAUGUGUUACUAUUUAAGGGCAUGACCAAUGGACGUUUUAGGCUGAAAAAGGCCUUUAUGCUGUGGAAAACAAUCAGUAUGAAAGAGUACCAUGUCUGUGGUAGAUUUGAUCACAUUGUUGCACAAAUAAACAGC